CGCGCUGGGGAAGAGAAAGUGAAAGUGGAGCCAGGACGCCGUCGCUUGCAAAGCAUCGCCCGCAGACCGAGUGGAGACAAAGUUGAGUCAGCGCGAGGGGGCUUCCGAGCUCAGCCCUCCGCACUUAAAGGAAAGACCCCCGGAGCUGCAGCCCAGAAGCCGCCGCUGACCUCGCCAUGCGGCUCCCUGACCUGAGACCCUGGGCCGCCCUACUGCUGGCGGACUCGGCCUUACUCUGGCUGCUGCAGGGACCUCUGGCGGCUGUGCUUCCCCGAGGGCUUCCAAGCCUGUGGCUGGAGGGCACCUUGCGACUUGGAGGGCUUUGGUGGCUGCUGAGGCUGGGAGGGCUGCUGGGAUUUGUGGGGACACUGCCCCCCCCCGCGUCUGGUGAUCCCUCUGUUUUCCUGAGGGUUCUGGUCUCAGGAACCUUGAGUGUGCCCCCAGCAGAGUGGCUUCAGUCCCUUGGUGCUGCUGCUGCUGGGGUCCGGGGCUGCAGAGCUCAGCUGGGCAGUGUGGGCUGUGCAGACUGUGCAGUUUGCUGGCUUAGGAGCAAGAUGUCUGCUUUUAUAAGGAGGCCCUCAAAUGAUGCUGGCACCUGUGGUGGCCAGGAGACCUGGAACGGACCCUCUGCCUGCUCUUAAGGAGGAUGCUGCACUUGGCAAUGAAGGUGCUGUUGCUGAGCUGUGGGCUGCAGCAGGUCCUGGCUGGGACAUCACCCAGGGUGGGCUGCUGUCCUUUCUGCUCUACCAGGAGAACCUGGGCUCCUACAAGCAAUGCAACCGGAGGUGACAGUGCAUCCGGAGAGGACCCCAUCCCUGCAGCUCCGCAACCUGCUGCUUUGCUCUGUGACAGGAUUCUACCCAGGUGCCAUCGAGAUCAGGUGGUUCCGGAACGGGCAGGAGCAGAGAGAGGGGGUCCUGGCCCCUGGCCUCGUCAGGAAUGGAGACUGGACCUUUCAGACAGUGGUGAUGCUGGAAAUGACUCCUGAGCUUGGGGACGUCUACACCUGCCUUGUUGAUCAUCCCAGCCUGCUGAGCCCCGUUUCUGUGGAGUGGAGAGCUCACUCUGAACAUUCUUGGAGAAAGGUGCUGAGUGGAGUUGCAGCCUUCCUGGUGGGGCUCAUCUUUUUGGUGGGGAUUGUCCUUCAUGUCAAGGGUCCGGAAAGAUGUGGAGUGUGGCAUUUCUUCCUAGAGGAUGGGAAUCCAGCUUGGCCAGCUCUCAUUGCCCUGACUAGUCCUUUCACAUUUCCAGAAUAUGUCAAAAUCAGAGAUGUGGUUUUGGAUGUUUGGGAAGCAAAGAAGCAUAAAAUGGAGCAGAAGGUAAAGCCAGCUUUUGCCUGAAGAUGGAGUUCAGUCUUUUUACAUGUUGUAGCAGGGAUUUGUCUGCUAGAGACAAGUGAUGCUGCCUCACAUCUACUCCUCAUUGGCUGGAGAGAAAACCAUUAUAUCCUUAAAAAUAGCUCUACAAAAUCUCUUUGCCGUCAUUGUCUUUAUUUGAGUGUUAGAGUUGAGCAUCAGAGUUUUGGGGAAGGGAAGUAGCUGUAGGAAGCCACUUAGUACGUAAGCGUACCUUCCAUCUUCCAGGGCACCCUGCUCUUGCCUCGACACAAUUGCUCUAAUAUCAAAGGGAGGUGGUAGGAUCAGCAGUGGGAGGAGGGGACAGAGUCACAAUUAGAUCAUGAAUCUUAAACCAGUGGUGGCUCAGCACUAACAGGUAUUCAAGAAAUAAUUAACUAUAAAUGUUAGCAGCUUUUCCCAAGAGGCAAAAAUGUGUUUGCCUCUUGGGAAAUCCAGGGGAUAGGUCUUGUGUGAAGGGGUCAAAUAAAUAUCAGAGUCAAAUAAACAUCAUUUGUAACCCAGCUGUGGCCCUGGUCCUGGCUCUAAUCAAUGAAAAUGAUUGGUGACUCCAGAUCCGUUGGUGAGUAGCUGAUCCUCACAGCUUCUGGGUCAACCAAAAGGUUCCAGGGUGUAUUAGUGGAUGAGAAGGAAAUAGGGCUGAGGGUUUGGGAAAUGUACCCAAAUGCCUCCCAAUUGUCUGAGAGCGAAGCCAUUUUUUAAGGUAUCUAAGAGAGAGGUACAACUCUAGUAUAAAAUGAUUGCAGGGGAGUUCCCGUCGUGGCGCAGUGGUUGGCGAAUCUGACUAGGAACCA